AUUCAGUGCGGCUGCUUCGUAGUCCCUGUGUAGGCUACUUGUACUUGUAGUUGUACUUGUGAGCGACUUCGAGCAGACGCCUAGACAUGACAACUUACACGGACAAAGGUGAAAAGCAUGACCAGGGCAGGUUCCUCUGCUUCGACCACAUCACUUUCUGGGUCGGCAAUGCCAAACAGGCUGCAUCCUACUACUGCAACAAACUGGGCUUUGAGCCUCUGGCCUACAGGGGCCUGGAGACCGGGAGCCGCGACGUCGUGUCCCAUGUGGUCAAGCAGGGGAAGAUCAUCUACGUUUUCUCCUCAGCUCUGAACCCAGGGAAUAAAGAGAUGGGAGAGCACCUGGUGAAUCAUGGUGAUGGGGUGAAGGACAUCGCCUUCACCGUCGAGGACUGUGACUUCCUCGUGAAGAAAGCCCGAGAGAGAGGGGCCAGUAUCAUGAAGGAGCCUCAUGUGCUGGAGGAUAAAUUUGGAAAAGUGAAGCUUGCUGUACUGCAGACGUAUGGGGACACAACACACACGUUUGUGGAGAGGAUGGGCUACAGUGGACUCUUCUUGCCAGGCUUCAAGGAGCCACUCUUCUGUGAUCCUUUACUGGAGCAGCUGCCUGCUGGGAAGCUCAACUUUAUUGAUCACGUUGUGGGAAACCAGCCUGAUGAUGAGAUGGUGCCUGUUGUUGAAUGGUACCAGAGGAACUUGCUGUUCCACCGGUUCUGGUCAGUGGAUGAUAAGCAGCUGCAGACGGACUUCAGUGCCCUGCGCUCUAUUGUGGUGGCCAAUCACGAGGAGACGGUCAAGAUGCCCAUCAACGAGCCGGCCAUGGGCAAGCGCAAGUCACAGAUACAGGAGUACGUGGAGUACUACGGCGGUCCAGGCGUCCAGCACAUCGCCAUGAACACCUCGGACAUCAUCGCAGCCAUCCGUAACCUGAAGGCUCGUGGCAUGGAGUUCAUGUGUGUCCCUGACACCUACUACCAGCAGCUGAAGGAAAAUCUGAAGCACUCCCAGGUCCGCAUCGAAGAGGACCUGAGCGUCCUAGAGGAGCUAAAGAUCUUGGUGGACUAUGAUGACCACGGCUACCUGCUGCAGAUCUUCACCAAGCCUGUGCAGGACAGACCGACUGUCUUCCUGGAGGUUAUCCAGAGACACAACCACCAGGGCUUUGGGGCUGGAAACUUCAAGUCUCUGUUCGAGGCCAUCGAGGCUGACCAGAACGCAAGAGGCAACCUUACCAUUUUAACUCCAAAUGGCCUGUCCGAAAAACUCUGAAACUUACACACACACACACACAUGUACGCACAAAGGCAUGUUCACAUAAAAUACACUCACACUCUCUCUCACACACACACACACGUACGCACAAAGGCAUGUUCACAUAAAAUACACUCUCACAUGAAGUGCAUAUAUUACAUACAGAUCAUACACACAUACGAUACACACACACACACACUCUUACCCACACACACAUACAGAUCUACACA